GCAAAAACUCAGUCUCUUCUUUUCUAUAAAAGACUCCCUCCUACUCUCCUCUGCCCCCUUCACCCGUAGGGUCAAAGCCGUCAAGGGCGGCGCUUGCACUCAGCUUCGAUAGGGUUCCGCAGGCGAUUGUGCUUUUAUAUCAAAUGUAUUUUGACAUUAGAAAGGAAUACCCUUGGUUUCUUUGGCCUGACUUUUGGUUUAUAUGCCGUAAGCGGCUGUGGUGUUCUCAUCGAAUAAUAUUUUGCCACUGGACUUGAUAAAUACAGAAGUUUUAUCUUGGAACUGGAUUUACUAGAUAUACAAGGGCCUUGUGAAACAUCCAGCUCCAAGACUGUGACGAUUAUCAUUACUAUUAAGUUGAGUCUUAUAAGAGUUUUCAAAUCUCAUUUUAGUACUAUUGUGAAGAAUUUCAUCAUCAUGGCCAAGAAUAAACUCCCCCCAGGUUUCCGCUUCCAUCCAACUGAUGUCGAACUUGUUUGGUUCUACUUGAAGAGAAAAAUAAUGGGAAAGCCUUUCCGUUUUGAAGCUAUUACUGAAAUUGAAUUGUACAAAUUUGCCCCUUGGGAUCUCCCAGGCAAAUCUCAAUUGCAUAGCAAAGACCUUGAGUGGUACUUCUUCUGUGCUAGAGAUAGAAAAUAUCCUAAUGGCUCUAGAGCAAAUCGCACAACUGGAAAUGGUUACUGGAAAGCUACUGGAAAUGAUAAAGUUGUUGUUCACAACUCUUCUACCAUUGGGAUGAGGAAAUCUUUAGUUUUUCAUGUAGGAAAGCUUCCAAAAGGCAGCAGAACUGACUGGAUGAUGUAUGAGUACAGACUAGAAAGCAAGGAACUGGUUGAUGCUGGAUUCUUUCAGGAUGCAUAUGUUCUCUGCAAAAUCUUCCAGAAAAGUGGUUCAGGUCCUAAAAUUGGGGAGCAAUACGGUGCACCUUUUAACGAAGAGGAUUAUGAUGACGACACAACUACUGAAGAUUCUUUUCCUCUGGGUCCAGAAUCCUUAGCUUGUCAAACUACUUUGUUCAAUCCUGUCACUGAGCAAGCUAUGACCUCUGCGGUCAUUGAGACAUCUUCUGACCAUGAUCUUCUUGAAUUUGAUGGAAUACUGCUGGAUGAAUUUUUAGAGUUUCUUAAUAGCUCUCCACCUAGAGAGAAUGCUCAUCAUGAGGUCCCUGAUUCAGCUGUUCCCAAUGGAACUGUUGAUGAAACCUCUUCCAUAGGCCCUGAGGAAAUCUCUACUGAAUUAGAAAAUAUAUAUUCUCACGAGCCGAAUUCUAACAACAAGGCGUCUGGAGACAAUCUCGACGGAACUGCUUUAUCUUCUAUGCUAUUAGAAUUUGAAAAUGACCAGUAUGUGGAGCUCACUGAUUUUUGGUUAACCGAGGAUAACACUCCAUGUCAAUCUACCAUGCUGAAUGACGCAUUAACUUGCACGCAUAAUAAUCUGGUUCCCAUGCCUGAUUCAGUCCCUUACUUUUCUAAUGAUGGCAGUACUUCAAUGCAUUAUGCUUAUGCAGGAGCUGAAAUUACCAAUGGACAACCUACAAUUAAUGUACAGCAACAGACAGAAGAUGUUGGAAUAUUUGCCUAUCACCCAGAUGCUCUUGAAUCUGAAUCUCUUCUAGCCAGUUUCACCAACCCUUUUCUUUGAUACCAUGUUAGGUAGGCAUUUGACUUCAGAAAUCUUCAUAUAAUGGCCGACUCACUUGAAAGUUUCAAGAAUGACAACUGAAAUGCGCUAGUUUCUCUGCAAACAGACUGAUUAAGAUUUUCCAGAACUCUUGAAGAAUAAACUGCUCAGAUACCUCUGCUGAAAUUGAGUUGGCCGUCUUGAUUCUUAACCUAAAUCUACAACACUCUACGUGGCAAAACUUGGCUCAUUGAAAUGCAUUCAAGUUUUCAUGCUGGUCGUAUGCCUUCCAUACAUGUUGUAUAGCCUGGUAAGAAUCCUUGAAAGAUGCCACUGUGUAAAGCAACUUGAUAUUGCAACCGUUGUAUUGGCUGUGCUCCUUACCAGAAAACAUGAUCUCCAGAUCAAAGCUUCCGCUGCCCCAUUGAUUCGUCUAAAUAUUGUACCACCUACGCGCAGGAUCACAGCCAACAUUAACGAUCUUAUCUGUUGCUAAGUCUGUUGGCCCAGCAUGCACACUACACCUUUCAUAAUUGAUCAGUCCUGUGGUUCUCUACUACUAUUACCAUAUGCCAUUAGUUUCUGCACUCGCCUGGCAAGAGAACCAAUAGAUGAAAUGUCAACUUGUGUAUUGAUCUGUAAUAGAAUUCUGAAAUAAUAUAUUUACCUCUUGAUCAGCUCA